AUGACAACGACCCUGAUCAAUACACUCUUACUACUGGCCAUUAUUUUAAUGCUAUCAAUCAAUUUAUCCUAUUUCUGCGGAAAAGAACCAAGUCAUUAUGCAGCUAUUGAUGAUGAAAGGUUCUCAAUGGAAAAUAUUACAAAUGAAGCGAAGAACAAAGACUCCAGAUGUUAUGGAUGUGAUCGAGAUUUAGUUUGUGUGCUCAAAGAGCAGUAUACACGAUUUCAAAUGAUUGUCGAUGGAUCUCUAAGAAGUUAUUCUUAUGAAGACCGACAUUUUGCUCCAAUGUCAUGGUUUUGUGAUUUUGAUCCUGACACUAUCAAGAAUUAUCAGUUUUUGUAUUUUGGAGAAACCGAGGAACAACAAAGCCAAACGAUUAGUGAUUUGAUGGAUGUGUUAGAUACCCAUGGAGUUGACAAUCACACUAUCUCACAUAUAUUCGAUGAGCUUUCAGCCAAUCGCACCAAGCACAGUACAAGCGGGUCUCAAAUCAGGAGAAAAGUGGGAGAAGAAUUGAGAAAAUCCAGAGAGGCCAUGCGCUACUUAUAUUAUAUUUAUGAGAACGAUUAUAGAGUUUUCAAUUUGAAAUCACCUUUUAUUUAUCACAAAGUUUGA